AUGAAACCUGCCUGGGAGCUGCACGGGGGUCUUUCCCACCGGCUGCGUGGGAAGCUUGAAUCUGCAGCCAUCUUCGCCAUCAAAGUCGCCAGAUCCCCUCAGGCCCAUCUCGACCAUGCCUGGGCAGCCUCCCGUGCAUAUUUCUUUUCGGUCAUUUUCAUCUCCCUCUUGCUUUCCAAAGCCUUCCAUAUCUACGUCCAUCUCAAGGCACUGACGGUUCUAUCCCUUCUCGCCUGGGGCCCCACCUUCUUUUUGCUGGAUAUUCUGCUCAUUCUGGGCACGCGUAGCCUGGCCCGAUCAUACCAAUGGCGAACGACUCGGGAUGUAGCGGCUGUGUUUAUCACGUUAUUCGGUCUAGGUGUCUCGUCGAUGAUUUCCGCCAACAUCUCGUUUUACCUCCACAUGGGCUCGGAGAUCCACUGGCGCAUAUCAAGCGGCUUCCGCAAGGAGAAGCCCACCGCCGCGACUGUCUUGUCAGCCCUGUCCGUCGCUAUCCUUCUCGAGACAUCCAUUUUGGUCGGCGCAUUCUACGCUACACCGUAUCUAUCCUGGGUUACUGCAGCUUUCUUGAAGGUCUGGGGUGCAGUGUUGUCCGCGACGUACCGCUACUUCCGUCCCAAUAAACAAGCUCUGCCACACCCGGAUAUCUAUGAGCAAAUUGCAAUCGACGACUAUGAACUGGGCGAUGAUACCAGCGACUCCGUAUCGCUGCUGGAUGCACCUCAGGACCCGCCUGUACAGAAGAGUCGGGCAUUGCUGAAGCCCGCUAUCGUCGUAUCGUGCACCGCAAUUCUACUUUUCCUCAGUGCCGUUCGCCCCCACGAUAUCGCUUAUAGUUUCCUCUCCGCAUCUUUGCCUCUCGCGCCAUUUGGCGGCAUCAGGUUUGAGUCUUCUCAGCGAACUGUUGCAUCGUUGCCGGGAGAUUACAGCUGGCUAGAAGGCAAAACUGCACUAGACACCUUCCCGACAUUCGAUUGGCUACAUACGGGUGAUGCGGCAACUGCCUUCCCGGAUUGGUCUCCCUUCCACAUAAGUCAUUUCAAUGACACCGCGCCCAAGGACUAUAAGUAUGAACACUACAACCCGAUGAAAGAUCCUUUGCACAUUCCCAACCUUCAGAACGACAUUCUGGAGCCCAUCCGUGACAUGCUCCACAGCGGAGACGUCAAGAUCAAGCAUAUAAUUCUCAUUAAAUUAGAGAGCAAUCGGCAGGAUGUGUUUCCAUUCCACUUCGACUCUUACAUCAUGGAGCAUAUUAGAAAGUCUUGGGACGGAAAAAUCCCUGACGCGGUUAUGGAAAAACUGGCCAAUCUCACCCCUAUCGCCGAAAGGUUGACCGGAUUUGAGACCGGGUUCAAGAACAAGGAUCGUCCAAAGCCCUAUGGCGGCCUUAGCGCGAAAAAGGCUUACACAUCCGGUACAUACACCAUGAAGAGCAUUACAGGCACUAUGUGCGGUGUGAGCCCCAUGGCUGUUCAAGAUAAUCUUGAGUACUUCCACGAUAUUUACCAGCCUUGUCUACCGCACAUAUUUGAAGCUUUGAGCCAACAAUCAAACAUAACCACUGACACUGAGGAUUGGACCUCCUGGCCAUGGCAUUCUAAAUGGAUGCAGUCCCAUUACGGUACCUGGGACCACCAGCAGGACCUUACUCCUACCAUGGGAUUUAAAGAUAUCACGACAAAAGAAUCAAUCAAUGAUGCUGGUGCCAUAUAUAUCCCGGAGGAGCCGGAAGAUGAGCAGAAAUAUGGUCACCCGGAUCACACUUUGAAGAACUAUAUGCGGGAUGCAUUUGCCGAGGCCAAGAAGAAUAACACUCGCCUCUUUAUCGGUCACCUAACUCACAACACCCAUACUCCUUGGUUUAAGCCUGGUGACUACGAGGAUUUCUUUGGGAAUGGCGCUGGAUGGAACGAUAAGUUGAAUCGGUACCUAAAUACUCUCAAGUAUCAGGAUGACUGGCUGGCCACUAUCCUUGAGAUUCUUGCCGAGGCUGGAGUCGCCGAUGAAACCCUGCUCGUCAUGGCAGGUGACCACGGUUUAUCUCUUCCAAAUGACGGUGGUAUAACGGCCAACCAUGACCCCCACGUCGGCAGCUUCCACGUUCCCCUACUCUUCGCCCAUCCCAAGCUACCCGCGGUCGAAAUCAAGAGCGCCGUCCUCUCGACUCAAAUGCUCCCUAGCAUCCUUGAUAUGUUAAUUGAAACAUCCAAUAUCAACGAGCAAUCAGCACAUAUAUUGAAGGACCUACUUCCCUUGUACGAGGGCCAGUCGUUGCUACGCCCACUCAUCCCCGAGCAGGAUAAGAAGCAAGAGUGGCAUUUCUCCACAAUGAACCCUGGAGGAACGUGGGUCUCUAUGCGAGCAGCCGCGAAACCGUACCGUCUCGUCGUGCCGCUUAUCUCAAAUGCCCCGUGGCGAUUCAGCAAUGUUGUCGCCGACCCACUUGAGUUCGCUCCCGAGGAAGACCUCGAUAUCGCGACUCUGUUUGAUGUUGUACAGACACGACACGGGCCCGAAGCCGCCAAGUGGCUUAGCGAGGCCGCUCAUAUCUCGCAGUGGUGGAUUGCGGAGAACCACCGACGCUGGAAGUAUAGUCCCGAUGACCCGAGGCCUUGA